UUUGUGAUUUGUUUUUGUGGUUUGCACUUCAGGGCCACCGUACUACACAGCUUUGACUAAUUUAUCUCCAGACCAGCGGUGGUUCACAUGCAUAGAUUUGGCAAAUGCUUUCUUUUGUCUCCCUCUGCAUCCAUCUUUGAGAGAUAUUUUUUCAUUUACUUACAGGGGCCAGCAGCUGCGUUACACUCGGUUGCCUCAGGGCUUUGCCCUUUCACCUGGGAUUUUUAAUCAGGUACUUAAAAAUGCUCUCUCUCCAUGUGUAUUGCCUGAAGGAUGCACACUGAUCCAGUAUGUGGACGAUUUGCUGAUUGCUGCUACAACAGCUGAUGCUUGCUUUCAAGCGACGAUGACCGUGCUUCGUCAGCUGGCCAAAACAGGCUUUAAAGUUACAGUAGACACUACAUUCCUGACUAUGUGGGCAAAACCAAACCUUUGAGGGAUUUGGUGAAAGAACAUGGCAUGAGGGACCUCACAGCUGAUCUGAACUGGACCACUGAAGCUGAAAUGCGGUUCAUUGAACUAAAACAGGCCCCGUCUCGUGCAGCAGAUUUAGCAAUCCCCGAUUAUCACUCUGAUUUCUUUGUUGAUGUUUCUGAAACAAAUGGAGUGGUGAAUGGAGUUUUGUUUCAGAAAAAAGGGGGAAGGAGACGAGUGCUGAUGUAUAUCAGCAUUGGCCUGGAUAAUAUGGAAAAGCGACACCCCACGUGCACACAGCAUGCGGCGGGGGUAGCAAAAAUAAUUCAGAAAGUGGCACAUGUAGUGAAAGGACACACACAGUGUGGUGGCCUAUGUGAACUCACAGGCAUUCACAAUGACCCCACUGAGACAACAGAGACUGACUAAGAUUCUGGAGUCUCCAAAUUUGACCUUCACACAUGAAGGGAUCAACAUGGCAGACCAGAUGGGAGGGGGGACACUUCAUGACUGUGCACAAAUAGUAGAGGUUGAGGAGAAAGUAAGGUCAGAUCUGUGAGCAGAACCGGUGAAUGAGGCAGAUCAUUAUUUCACAGACGGGUGUUGUUUUAGGGAUCCGAGUGAAGGAUUGAAAACAGGUUAUGCAGUGGUGAAAGGAGUCAGAAACCAGCUGCAUGUGAAGAAAUCAGGAACAUUGGAAGGACCUCAAUCAGCGCAGAGAGCAGAGCUUAUUGCAGUGAUAGAAGCUCUAAGAUUAGGAAAAGGAAAAAGAGUUAACAUUUACACAGACUCAGCAUAUGUGUUUGGAGCAGCACAUGUGGAACUGGGGCAAUGGAGGAGGGCUGGAUUUAGAACAGCCUCAAAUAAACCGAUUAAACAUGAGGAAGAGAUGAGAUAGCUGGAGGACGCUCUGAAAGAACCCCUGGAGGUGGCCAUCAUAAAGUGUAAAGGGCAUGACGAUUCCAACACUUGGGUGGCAAAAGGAAACAGAGCAGCAGACGAAGAAGCAAAACGGGUCGCAGGCUAUCAGGAAGGAAAACAAAUGGUAAGCAUGGGUAUGGAAUGGGGAAACCUGCCAGCCCAACAACGAGAGGACAUCGAAAAGGCGCAAAAAGGAACCUCGCCUGAGGAAAAGGCGGUGUGGCAGGAGAGAGGGGCCGUACAAUCAGAAGGAUUGUGGAGAGGACCCGACGGGCGGCCAGUACUCACAGCAGAAAUGGCCCAGGAGAAGAUUAAAGAAGCUCAUGGGCUAGGACAUGUAGGAGUAGCCCAAAUGGAGAGGGACUUGUGUCAUUGGUGGCAUCCCUACAUGAGAAACAUGGUAAGGGAACACGUGAGAACAUGCCUGAUCUGUGGACAAUAUAAUCCAAAGCCCACCGUGAAACCAGAAAUGGGUAAGUUUCCUUUGCCAGAAAGACCAGGCCAGGAAAUUGUGAUUGAUUAUACCGACGUGAUAACUACAGUCCGAGGGUUUAGAUAUCUGUUGGUGUGUGUGGAUACUUUGACCGGCUGGCCAGAGGCGUGGCCGACACGUAGAGAAGACAGUAAAACGGUGAUCAAAUGUCUUGUGAAUCAUUAUGUCCCCUGGCAUGGAUCUCCAGAGAAGGUAAGAUCAGACAAUGGCACUCACUUUAAAAAUCGAGAUCUCGCUGAGGUAGAAUGUAUGCUAGGGUUGCAACAUAGAUAUGGUACAGUUUACCACCCACAAUCUCAGGGAAAAGUGGAGAGAAUGAAUCAAAAUCUUAAAAACAAAUUGGCCAAAAUCUGUGCACAGACAAACAUGAAUUGGUUUGAUGCUCUUCCCAUAGCCCUAAUGAGUGUGAGGUGCUCCGUUAAUCAGAGCACCGGGUUUACUCCAUAUGAACUGCUGACAGGGAGACAGUUUCCAGGCCCUGCAGCAGGUGUAAGAAAGUUAAGAGAGGAAAUAAAUGUGUCUGAACAUGUGAAACAGUUUAAAGCACUAAAAGCUCUUGUCUCUAGUUUCACUACCCAGGUGGGAGACCCGACCGGAAAGGAGGUGACCACGCCGGAGGUGAAGUGGGUGUGGCUGAAGGUGUAUAAGCGAAAGUGGGACGAGCUGAGGUGGACAGGACCUUUCGAGGUGACCACUCGAACCUCUCAUGCGGUCCAGCUGAGAGGCAAAGGCGACACUUGGUAUCACUGGAGCCAGUGUGCGGCGGCAGAGGAGCCUAGGAGGUCGGAGAGGCUCUUGGUGAAAAAGGGGGACACGCCCGUGACCCCAAAACACACAGAUCUUAGUAAAAAAGGGGCAGAAUAAUCCCCUGAUCUGUGCAACGACCAAAGGGUAGUCUAACCCCGGAGGUUGAAGAAAGAAGUCGAGAAUCACCCGACUGGAAGAUAUUGAUAGCUGCAGUAAUAAUUAACCUCCUAAGACCCGAACUCUUCCACGACAUGCAUUUUUA